AUGAUUCGAGCUGCAGAUCUGAAUAGUCCUCACUCGAGGAACAAUUACCAAACUCUACAAGUCGGUCAUCAUCCCUGUCCUGCUGCUGAUGAAUCGGCGUAUAUCAAGUUUACGAAUGCGCACUGCGAGUCCUUCAAUAAAUCCUGGGUGAUAAACAGGUGUCGUUUGCGUGCGAUAAAACGAGAUGUGACGGCGCUGAAUAUAAAUAUAUCAGUUUUGCAUCCGGCCGACGAUAUUAAGUUGAGCAUUACUUAUUUGAAGAAAGCCAACGGCUUUAAGCCUUUUGUGCUAAAUUCGACUUUAGAUGCUUGCGAAUAUUUCCACAAGAAGGACAAUCCCAUUGCCAAUUUGGUGUUUCCGUUUUUGGUAUCCUUCAGUAAUUUCAAUCACACUUAUCUGUUGAAUUUGCAGGGUGAUCAAAUCGUAAAGAACUUUUAUCCGAAGAAUGAAAUAGUUAGACUGAUUCAUCUGAUGGGAGAUUACCUUGUGAUGUUGUCAUGGAUUCUAAGCAAAAGGAAGACUUUUGUUACCAAUGUAUAUUUCACUUUUAAUGGGUGA